UACUUGUAUGUACGUAUGUACGUAUGUACGUAUGUAUGCGUGUAGGUAAGUAUUUCUGCGUUAUCUGGCAAGCUGGCGGAAAAAACAGGUAAAGCCAUGCUAUGCCAUGGCAUGCGCCGCCUCAUCUUCCCGCUCCGCUUUGCUCUGGCUUUACUUCCCUUUUUCAUGCACAGUAUCAACUUGUCGCCGGGGUACCUACGGAGAAACCGCAUGGCCCUGGAGCACAGCACAGCCUGUGUGAAUUAUGAGCCUAUUGCAAUGCGUAUACUGCGUAUAAUGUCAUGUAUGUAUGUAGAUUUUAGGCAUCUAUCAGCUUUGCUUGUAAGUGGUAGGGGGUUACUUUUGCGGAGUUAGGGGAAGGGAGAGAGACGAAAAGGAACAGUAAG